AUGCUUUUGCUGAACAUGAGAAUUUGUGAAAGCUUCCCGAACAAGUUUGAUGAGGACAUUGACAAACGUAUAGACCCAUUAGAUUACGUUAUCGAUCCAUUAGAUUAUGAUCGGCUUGAGGAUCAGUUUGAUAGAAAUGUAACUGCUUGUGGUGAGUGCUCACCUGAAUUGUGUCCCGUGGCACAAGAAUGCAGGGCUGGGCUCAUUUUGGACAGUUGUGGUUGCUGCCAAGAGUGUGGAAAUCUAGAGGGGCAGACGUGUGAUAUUGGCGACAUUAAUGUAUUUUACGGUCUCUGUGGGACGGAUCUUCAAUGCAAAUUUGACGAUUUGGAUGUUGGAGAUGGAGAAGUUGCGGAGCCGCAGUGCGUCUGUCAAUCGCAAGAUGCGCUUUGUGGUUCCGAUGACAGAACAUACAUGAACAUUUGUCAGUUUAAAGAAGCGUACUUCUCAAAUUCAGCACUCAAGAUAAAGCGCAGAGGUCCUUGCAAAACAGUGCCGAUCAUCAAGGUCCCACCCCAGAACCUGCUGAAUGUUACGGGUAGUAGCAUGGUGUUCCUCUGUGAGGUCUUUGCCUUUCCAAUGGCAAUGAUUGAAUGGAAGAAGGAUGGCAGAGACAUUAUUCUUCCAGGAGAUGACCCACACAUAUCUGUCCAGUCUCGGGGUGGUCCCCUGAAGUAUGAGCUCUCUAGCUGGCUGCAGAUCGAGAAAGCUGGCCUGGCCGAUGCUGGCACCUACCGCUGUGUCGCUCGGAACGAGCUCGGCAGUAUCUCUGCAAUGGCUGUGUUAGGAGUUCUAGGUCCAGAAGAGAUGUCCGUCUACUUGACGGAGAACAUGACGGAAAUGUUGGAGUAUGGCCAGUCGGAGAGAGAGUAUGAUGAGGAUUACUACUAGUGAUGUCCUCCGUUCUAAGGAAUCAGCCCUCACUAACGGA